AUGCCGAGAAUGAUAAUGCUUUCAGAGUUGAAAUGUGGUGAGACAAGUAGAGGAGCUUAUGGAAGAAAAACAUGUGAAUUUGACAACAAGCGUCCGCGCCCGCGAAAGAGACAAGUCCGCCGUCGCCGAGCCAAAAAUCCGCCCGCGAGAGAGAGAAGUCUUUCGCUAACAACAGUGCCUCCUCAGGCGCCAACAACAGUGCCUCCUCAGGCGCCAACAACAGUGCCUUCUCCGGCAUCAACAACAGUGCCUUCUCCGGCAUCAACAACAGUGCCUUCUCCGGCAUCAACAACAGUGCCUUCUCCGGGUAUUUUACUCACACAUUUUAGAGGUACACCCAUGUAUUAUCGUCAUCACUCUAUUCGAGAAACUGCGAGCAGGUUCGACAUAGAACCAAAGCAAGUAAGAGACUGGAUAA